AUGGAUACUUCACAGGCGUCACUCUGUGAAUACGGUGUGCGCACAUUUUGGGAAGUUAUACAAGGCUAUCACGGAUUUUCAGCCUACUGUCCUUAUCUCAUAACAUGUUAUGAUUACUCAGAAGAUCCGACUGUCCCAGACUUUAGAGUGGGUUCCGACCACUCUAAAGAAGCUGACAUCUGCGAAUACGACUCGAAGUAUCUCAAGACAAUUUCACCUCCAUGGAACAUGUUGUCGGUCGAAAUGCAGCACUUGAUCCGCAAAGAACUACGGUUGAUAUUUUUUGAAAACACAGCCGCGGAAAUACGACGCUUGGAUGAAUACAAUGUCGUAUGGAGAUCUUUUUGUGACAUAGACCUGCCGCCUGUCAAGCUUCCCCCACUUGUCAAUAUCAAGCCAGAAAAGAUCACACACUUUUUAAAUAAGGAGGUGAUGUUAUAUAUCGACGCAGAUGAUAUUGGGUACGAUGGCUACAAAAAGGUUGGCACAUUCAUGUUUCGUGAAUGGCUUCGUCUUCACGAAGGACGUCCUGCAUUUCAGAGAGAGAGCUUUGUCGCCGCGCCCAUGAAUCUUGAUCAGAGUUUCAAGUCACUUCAAAAGCUUUCGAAAUUCCACAUCGAUCUCUAUCAUACGAUACUUUCACAUCUUGAUGAUCAUGUGGACUUUUAUCCGAAAAAUCAGAAAUCCGACACCAUACCGCCACCUCAUUUCCAGCCUAUACCCAGCAGGCGAAUUCAGCCGCUUCACGACCACGGUUACACGAUACGUCCUCUUUUUCGUGCGCUAUACAUGAUAGUUGACGAUCAGGCUAUGGCGGAGAUCCCUCCUUUAUGUCGUCCAGCACGGCAUUGGGAGAGUGUAACUUACCGCCCUCAAAAGGAGGAGUAUCACAACCACGUAAUGUCUCAUUGUACCGUGUUACUGGUUAGAACAGGCGACGAGUCUCAUCUUUGCUAUCCAAUCAGCUUCUUACCUCUCUUUGAGGCUGGCUUGGCUCUUGACGUUGGCCCACCAUACUACGAGGACAAACUGGAGCCGACUGUUGUACGGGUGAAGUUGGAUGUCGCCAUUCGCUUUAUCCAUGACCUUCUAAACAGGGAAGAAGAAUCUAGUACAGACUACAAGUAUGCAGCUGAUAGAGCGAAACAAGAACAAGAAGAGUGGUGUCAGUCAUGGGUUGGCAAAGUUAUCUGCCAUUCACAGGAGGGCGGAAUGGAUGCUGGCUAUUAUUCUUGGUUGGCGGUGCGACGGGCACUGGCCAGGAUGAAAAAUGAAGCUUUUGACAUAGACCAGGUCUAUCCAUAUCAUGAGCUUCUACGUCGUUGGUGCUUCUGA